GUGAAGUGGAAUCGAAGAGUGUUUCAAUGUCGGAAGAGUUUGCGAUCGAAUUGCACUUGGAUCCGGCGUUGGAGAAUCAGGUGCUGAAGGCGUGGAACGUUCUCGCGCGCCGGCAAAUCACCACUCACCUCAUCGAGAUGAAGUCGCGCCCUCACACAACGCUCUUCUCCGCACCCUUUCUAGAACCUUCCAAGCUCGAAUCACUUCUCAGAACCUUCGCAUCCAAGCACGAUCCUCUUUCUCUCUCCUUCUCCUCCGUCGGCACCUUCCCCAACCACGCCGACAAUCUCCUCUUCCUUGCGCCCACGCCCUCCCUCUCCCUCCUCCAAUUCCAGUCCCACCUCUGCGACGCCAUCAGAAAAGAAGGUAUUGAGAUCUCCGACGACUUCGCCUUCGAUUCCUGGAUACCUUACUGCUCGGUCGCACACCACGUCGCCAAAAACAAAAUGCCCGAGGCUUUCUCUCUCUUGCGGGAACUUAAACGCGUGAAACUGUUCCGAUUAACUGACUUAAUCUAA